UAUAGUGAAUGCAGGGUCCGGGGAGACCAGAUAUAGUGAAUGCGGGGUCCGGGGAGACUGGAUAUAGUGAAUGCAGGGUUCGGGGAGACCAGAUAUAGUGAAUGCAGGGUCCGGGGAGACCAGAUAUAGUGAAUGCAGGGGUCCGGGGAGACCAGAUAUAGUGAAUGCAGGGUCCGGGGAGACCAGAUAUAGUGAAUGCAGGGUCCGGGGAGACCGGAUAUAGUGAAUGCAGGGUCCGGGGAGACCGGAUAUAGUGAAUGCAGGGUCCGGGGAGACCGGAUAUAGUGAAUGCAGGGUCCGG